UAGGUAAUAGAAGAAUGUCGAGUGGUGAUGGGGCUGCUAAAGCUCAUUUCMCAUCAGCAACAGAUCAAAUGGCAUCCGCGACAAGAAUGCUAUUUGGUCAGCCUCUCUUUGAAUAUAUUGCUGAAAAUUGUGCCUGCCUCUACGGAAGAAUUUAUUGAAGAUGGGGGCCCGUCAACGGUGUUGCAACUUUUGUCCAACUCACGAGACAAAGUCUACCACUACAGCCACGACAUUAUGCUUCGAAGCAUAGAGCUGCUGGCUCUGCUUUCGCACAAAUUCACAACCAUUCGGGAUUCUGUUGCGUUCAAUGGUGGCGUAAAUUGCGUGUUGGGACUGUGUGAAGACGUUUUGGAGUCGCACUUUUUACAGGAGCAGCAGCAACACUUGCUGUCUGCGGGGAUUUUCCUUUUGGAGAAAGUCUGCAAUCACAUCAAUGUACGUGUUUGGGUGUGCUUUGAAUUGAUGAAGGCACCAAGUGCUAAAAAACGACCAAAGUGAAGCAAACAGUAGGCCUGGGUAACUCAGUUUUAAAAUUUCUUUAAA